GGGAGUUAGCUUGCGUGGCUGGUGGUUACUAUUUUUGCCGUUCUCCCUUGACUUCUUUUAUUCAUUCCCACAACCAGUCCAUCAGGAAAUCCUGUCGUCUCCACCUUCGAAAUAGAUCCAGAGUCUUACGACUUCUCACCACCUCCUCCUUUACUACCCCAGUUUCAAGCCUCAGUCAUCUCUUGUCCGGCUAUUGGAAUAGGCUCCCGCCUCGGCUUUCCUGCAGUCUGUCUCAGUGCAGCCAGCCUGAGCUUUUUAUAACAAAAGUCAAAUGAUGUCACUUCAUUUCAAAGCGUCCAUCUCACUGAAAAAUCCAAAGUCGAUUGUAUGGCAAAGUAGACCUCAGGUGAUCCUCUCCCUCCCCCUGUAUUCAGUCCAAACAUGAUCCUGGCCCAGGGCCUUUGCUACUGUGUGGAAGAAAGGUGGAUUUCUUAAUUGAAUACGUUUGUAGUUUAGUCUGAAGUAAGUAUCAUGCUAUGAUGCAUUCUUUAAGCUUCAGCUAUUGAGUUAUUUGUGACUGUUACUCUCUUGAAAUCCUAUACAUUUGUUUUCAAAUAAUGUUAGAAUCUAAAUUUCAAAAAAUGAUUUAGCUUAAUUUUGUAUUCAUUUUUUGGCCUCAGGUUGCUUUGCUUUAAUACAGUGUCUCUCAACCAGCAGUCAGUCAGACUUUAGUUUACUUUAAGGUUAGACUUUUAAAGUUGAGUCCAAUGGCACAGUUGCUUCAGAUGGUUCUAUGUUCGUCGGACCUGGUUCAAAUUCAGUGUGAGUUUCAGGACCAGCUUGCCCACUCAAGGAAGAGAAAGUAAUAUAUUAGGAUGCAGCUUGCUCUUGUGGGUGGGCAGCGGUAGAAUAAUGGAUCAAUCCAAGUGCCAUUUCCUCAAUUAUUUGUUCCUUAGUUUCUUUUGUAAAACAGGGCUAAUAAUUCUCAUAGAUUUUUAGUGUGGAUUAGAAGUAUAUCUGAAAUUCCUAUUGUAAUGCCUGGCAUUUAGUAAGCUUCAGUAACUAGUUCUGUUUCCUGUAGAAAAAAGUCCAUAUUCGUUUGUGUGGGCUCUUUGCAAAAGAUCUCUCUCUUUAGUCUCAUUUUCUGCUACUCUCUCAGACCCCUUAUAGCCAAACUGCAGGCACACCAAGCUUCUUAUCUGUAAAUCCCCUGAUCCAUUUCAUGCAAUCUGUAUUUUUUGUCCUCAUACCCUAGAAUCUCCUUAUUCUUGUCUCUCUGGUGAACUCCUUUAAGAUUCAGUUUAAGGUAUCAUUUCUUCUGUAAAAAAUAUGUAAAGGUAAUUUAAAAUGUGUUUAUGAUAAAGCUGGGAUGACUAAAGUCUGCCCUCUUCGCAGUGUGUUGUAAUGUGGAGAAUGGUUGGAGGGAGGUGAGAUUGGAGCUCCGCUGUCAGUGAGAAUGCUAUUGUUACAGCCCAGCAAGAGGUUAUGAGGUCCAGAUUACACUGUAACAGUGGGCAUGGAGAGGAGGUGAAAGAUUUAAAGAGUUGUUUAUCCCUGUGUUUUAGCCCCAGGAAAUACUUGAAUUUUGAGAUGGCUUGGGGCACAGUCCCUGGUUGCGAUGACUAAUAGGAAGUUGGAUCUAUGAGUCUGGGAUUCAGAAGAGAGAGUCUUGAUUGGAGAUAUAGACGUAACACCAUCAACACAUAGGUGAUAGUUGAUGCCUCGGGUGUGGAUAAGAAAAGAGAAAGGGACUGAGGACAAACUUAAAAAAUAGAAGCCUACAAAAAAGAGGUAGGUGGAGAACCAGGAGGGUGUGAUAUGGCAGCUAAGACUGGAGAGUUUAGAGAGUGGUCAGACUGUCUAAUUCUGCAUAUUAUUGCCAAAUAGGUGGUAAAAUUCAUUCAUUUACUCAUUUGUUUAUUCUGCAAACAGUGCCUACUAAAGCCACAUAAAAUUUAAGGUGAUCAGCGAUAAUAGGAAACUUUUCAGUAUACCCUCUUCAGAUGGGCUGAAGAGCUUGAUGCUCUCAGUCGAAUCCAGGACUUGCUUGGUUGCUAUGAACAGGCCUUGGAACUAUUUCCUGAUGAUGAAGUGAUUUGCAAUAGCAUGGGAGAACAUCUUUUCAGACGAAAGGUGAAGAUGGAAGUUGUGAAAAGUGUGGGAAAGUUAUACCAGCAAGUGCUGUUAUAUUUGGGAUGGCAGUAGAAUGUGCAGAGAUAAGAAGACAUCAUAGGGUUGGUAUUAAGGACAUUGCUGGUAUCCAUUUGCCAGCAAAUGUGAACUUUCAGAGUCCAGCUUAUUCUUCUUUAGAUUCUGAGGAAGCUGUUGAACCUUAUACAACUGAAAAGAUGAGUCGAGUUCCUGGGGGAUAUUUGGCUCUGACAGAGUGCUUUGAAAUUAUGACAGUAGAUUUCAACAAUCUUCAGGAAUUAAAAAGUCUUGCAACUAAAAAACCUGAUAAGAUUGAUAUUCCUGUUACUAAAGAAGGCAUACUAGAUGCUAUUGUGGUUUGGUUUGUACUCCAGCUUGAUGAUGAACACAGUUUAUCUACAAGUCCUGGGGAGGAAACAUGUUGGGAACAGGCCGUCUACGCUGUACAGGACCUUGCAGACUACAGGAUAAAGCCUGGGGACCAUGUGAUGAUGGAAGUGUCUUGUCAAGAUUGUUACUUAAGAAUCCAAGGUAUCCAUGUCUUGGGUUCAGAACAUGAAAUGGAUGUUGUGAAAAGUUUUACCAAGAAUAAAGAUUCACUGUCUUUAGGAAAUGAGGCUGAACUCUGUAGUGCCCUGGCUAACCUUCAGACCAGCAAACCAGAUUCUGUAGAGCAGAUGUGUGUAUUGGAGUCCACGGAAAUUGCUUUGCUUAAUAAUAUCCCAUAUCAUGAAGGCUUUAAAAUGGCAAUGAGGAAAGUGUUGUCUUCACUGACUCCAGAGAAACUGUUGCAGGCCAUGGAUAUGGAUACUCAGUGUCAGAGUGAUGAGAUAAACUCUGGAAGCGGACAGAAGGAGAAUUCUGUACUGAGUGCCCCUGACCCUUACUAUGUGUUAGAUGUGUCUGAAGGCUUUUCUAUUCUGCCUAUAAUUGCUGGCACACUGGGGCAAGUUAAACCUUACAGUUCUGUGGAGAAAGACCAGCAUCGCAUCACUCUAGGCCUCAUUUCCGAGGCCAAUCACUUUCCUAAAGAAAUGCUUCAGUUUUGGCUGAGACACGUGGAGGAUGAAUCUGCUAUGUUGCAGAGGCCAAAAUCAGACAAGUUGUGGAGCAUAAUCAUAUUGGAUGUCAUUGAACCAUCUGGGCUCAUUCAGCAGGAAAUAAUGGAAAAAGCGGCAAUAUCCAGGUGUUUACUGCAAUCUGGAGGCAAGAUCUUUCCUCAGUAUGUGGUGAUGUUGGGGUUACUUGUGGAAUCACAGAUACUGGUAGAAGAGAGUGCUGUUCAAGGAACAGAACGUACUCUUGGAGUAAAUAUAGCACCUUUCAUUAACCAGUUUCAGGUACCUAUACGUGUAUUUUUGGACCUGUCCUCACUGCCCUGUAUUCCUUUAAGCAAGCCUGUGGAACUGUUAAGACUAGAUUUAAUGACUCCGUAUUUGAACACCUCCAGCAGAGAAGUAAAGGUACACAUUUGUAAGUCUGGACAAGUGACUGCCAUUCCAUUUUGGUAUCAUGUGUAUCUUGACGAAGAGAUUAGGUUGGAUACGUCAAGUGAAGCCUCUCACUGGAAACAAGCUGCAGUUGUUUUAGAUAAUCCAAUCCAGGUUGAAAUGGGAGAAGAACUUGUACUCAGCGUCCAGCACCACAAAAGUAAUGUCAGCAUCACAGUAAAGCAAUGAAUGAAAACUCUUUAGGUAGAGCAGCAAAUAAAAAUUUUCAUGGCCUGAAUUAAUGGAGUUGUAAUCAUAAAAUGAGGUAUAAAAAUUUAAUGCCUUGUAACAGUCAUGUACUUUUUAAAAUUGACAUUAGUAAAACUUACUUAAAAGAUCCUAGAUUAAAGAACAGCAUUAUUAUAAAGAUAUUGCUACAGACAUACUUUUUGGAAAAGGAUUUGUCAUUAUUUGUUCUUCAAAUUAAGAAACUUCUUUUUUUCAUUUUUAUUACUUGAUUUUUACUGUAGAUUAAAUUCUGCUAAACACUUGUCUUUACACUCUGAAGCCAUAAAGAUAAGGGAUUUUUAUAGUCUUACCCUCAUUGUCAUGUAUCAGUAAGUAAAGCAAAACUUUCAUUUUUUUUAGGCAUCUUGGCUUUUUUUUCUGAAAUCCAAAUUUAUAAUUGGGAAACAUCAAAAAGUAGGCUUCCACUGAAGACAAGGCUUACUUGUAAAUUGUAAGCUUGCUUCCUUUUAAUACACAGUAUACUUCUGAGAUACCUCCUCAGGUUUUGUGUUUGGGGAAUGCAAACCUGAAUAAGAAUUUAAGCUAUAAGCUAAAUGUAACUGAGAGAGUUCAAGGAGUUAGUGAAGAAAUAAAUCUUCCAGGAAGCAGCAUUUACCUGGUCUCCUUUGAAGAAGCUGAUGACAAAACAAAAUUAAAUUAAAAAAUGAGUUAAUCCUUUUUAUUUAUUUGCUAUAAUUGGUCCAGUUUUUAUAGACUUUCAAAAUAAGGUGAUUAAUAAGGAAGAUGCCUUGUAUAAUACGCUGUGUGCUCUUAAGUAAGCCACAAAGAAAAUGAAGACGUACCUUCUCUCCAGACUGUCUAGUCUUCAUGACCUCCAAUAUUAUAUUACGCAGCUUUACUUUUAAUAGAAAUGUUUAGUUUAUAAUGAGUAGACAGAAUAAAGAUUUUGUACCUUAAUUAUUGUGAACCAAGUGUGUGUGUGUGUGUGUAAACAUAUAAAGGAAAAGCUUUGAGAAGCAAUACUUAUCCUUGAUAUUGGUGACAUAACUUCUCUGGUACUUUCUAUAGUUUCAUUAUGUUAAGCAUGAUCCAAUGAUCAGUAAAUUAAAGAAACACCAUCUUGAGUAAUAAUUUUCUUCCAGAUAGCAACUAUGUCUUCUGGCUGUGGUUUAAUAAUUACAAAGAAUUAAGAACAAGAACACUCAGCCAAGAUUUAUGUUUGUUGCCAUCUUUAAUAGUACCGAGUAAAAAUAGAUGACAUUUCUAGCACAGGUUUAUUAU